AUGGCAGGUCUUAAGUCUCUGGUGUAUCUCAGCUCUAAAGCUGCAUUGCUUGUCUUGCUCAUUGCACUAGCAGCGCAGACCCAGAAGGCUAACGCACAAAACUGCGCCAGUGAGCUCACCAACCUCAAUGUGUGCGCACCCUUUGUGGUGCCUGGUGUCACUGACUCCAGUCCUAGUGCCGAUUGCUGCAACGCUCUCCAGUCUGUGGACCACGACUGUAUUUGCAACACCAUUAGAAUUUCAGCUCGCCUGCCUUCACAAUGCAAUCUCCCGCGCCUCGACUGUGCUAAUUGAUCAUAAAGAAUAUCACUGCAUGAAGCCCAGGCGAGUGGAG